CUGUUCCGAGCCGAGAGGAGACCAGCGGCACCCUCUCAAGCGCUUAUCACAGUAACGUUAGCACGUUAGAGACUGCGCCGGCGAACAACGCCUUCUCCGUGAAACAGAACAAUUCAUUUGUGAUUCUACCCGGGUUUUUUCGCCUCUGGCGUGGUCCUUUAUCGCGUCACAAUGACAGCUCUGUCGCUGCUUUUGUUGGCCGUUUCGGCCGCAGCUGCACUGGCCGAGUCCACUGUGUAUUUGCGAGAGCAAUUUGAAGAUGGGGAUGCCUGGAAGAGCCGCUGGGUGGAAUCCAAGCACAAGUCAGACUACGGCCAGUUGGUUCUGAGCGCGGGGAAGUUCUACGGAGAUGCAGAGAAAGACAAAGGUCUGCAGACGAGCCAGGACGCCCGCUUCUACGCUUCCUCGUACCGCUUCGACGACUUCAGCAACCAGGGCGAGCCUCUCGUCAUCCAGUUCACCGUCAAGCACGAGCAGAGCAUCGACUGCGGUGGAGGCUACAUCAAGCUGUUCCCCUCUGGCCUCAACCAGGAGGAGAUGCACGGAGACUCCGUCUACAACAUCAUGUUUGGUCCUGACAUUUGUGGGCCCGGGACGAAGAAGGUGCACGUCAUCUUUAACUACAAAGGCAAGAACCAUCUGAUCAACAAAGACAUCAGGUGCAAGGACGACGAGUACACCCACUUGUACACGCUGAUUGUCAACCCCGACAACACUUACGAGGUCAAGAUCGACAACAAGAAGGUUGAGUCGGGCAAUCUGGAGGAUGACUGGGACUUUCUGCCUCCCAAAAAAAUGAAGGACCCUGAAGCCAAAAAGCCUGAGGACUGGGAUGACCGGGAGAAGGUUCCCGACCCCGACGAUAACAAACCAGAGGACUGGGACAAGCCAGAGAACAUCCCAGAUCCUGAUGCAAAGAAGCCUGAUGACUGGGAUGAGGAGAUGGACGGAGAGUGGGAGCCGCCUAUGGUCGCCAACCCUGAGUACAAAGGUGAGUGGAAUCCCAAAGAGAUCGACAAUCCAGCCUACAAGGGCAAGUGGACCCACCCGGAGAUCGACAACCCGGAGUACACAGCCGACUCCGAGAUCUAUAAAUACGACAGCAUUGGGGUGAUUGGACUCGACUUGUGGCAGGUCAAGUCUGGCACCAUCUUCGAUAACUUCCUGAUCACCAACGACCCGAACCUGGCCGAGGAAGUAGGCAACGACACCUGGGGUAAAACUAAGGAUGCAGAGAAGAAGAUGAAGGAAAGCCAAGAAGAGGAGGAGAGAAAGAAACGCGAGGAAGACGACAAGCAGAGGGGAGAGGAGGCAAAGGAAGAAGAAGAAGAGGAUGAGGAGGAGGAGGAAGAGGAGAAAGAUGAGGAGGGAGAUGAGGAAGAGGAUGAGGAGGAAGAGGAGGGAGAAGAGCAGGAGGAGGAAGAAGAGGACGAAGAAGGCACAGACUCUAAACUCAAGGACGAAUUAUAAACUCCACGCAAGAACUAACUGUGUCAAUGAGCCAUGUGAGCGAGACCGACGAGGUGAUGGACCCUCGCGACUGACACCCUGGGGUGGGGCGGGGUUUUCCAUUUGUUUGUUUACAAAGCAAGGGAGUAGGUGAAAAAGGGCAAUUAUUGUUGUUCUGUGCUACUACUACUACCACUACUACUACUAUUGUUAUAAUUAUUAUUAUUGUUAUUAUUAAUCAUGGAAUAGUACUAGAGAGAAGGGAGUUGUCACAACAGGAAAUCAAGUCCAUCCGUUAAAAUGUUUUGCCCAACAGAAAUGGAUAUCAUUUGUGUUCUUCAAAAAUCUGUUUUUAUGAAGUAUAAUGUGGUGGUGACAUGGGAAGCUAUGUUUUGGUACGUGGAUGAUACCAUAAAAAAGAUGUCUGUUUACCUCACGUUUUAGUUGUAUUAAUCUGUCACAUGUUUUAUUUUAUAGUACCUUUUACAGUCAAACUCUCUCUGUCAUGUCCCUUUUUGUUAAAAAAAAAAAGAAAUUGUCAAUCUCAAACUAAGAGUUAGACAAGAUCACACUGGCUGUUUUACCUGCUCUUAUUUAACCAGCUUGGUUUGAACGAGGGUCGACGGUGUGGUUGCAUCGGGACCGAUCCGUUGAAGAAAGACAUCGCCCAUAGGAUGAUAACACCGGGUGCGUUGAGGAGAAACCCCCCCGCAUCGCUUUGUACUGUAUAGCGCACCCUUUUCUUUCACUUCGAUGCAUAUACUGUAGUCUUGUCUGUCUAAAUAAAAGUGUGCUUAAACUCUGAUGUACAUUGAGAGCACUCCAGUAGCAGUUAAGCUUGCGUUAACUUGGAACAUGUUUACUCGUGGUAGGUGUACACAACCAGUUUUUCCCCAUAUGUUGAUAUCUGCACUGCUGUACCCCAAUACACUAUCCCAAAUAGUCUGAGAGAUGAUCCUUUUGUAAAAGACACAUUUUGUACUAAUGGUAGUAAUUGAAGUGGGAAGAUUUCCAUGUUGCUGUGUAAAAAAACAAAGAAAAGUGCUCUGUCCAAUAAAACCGACCAGUGGAAAAUGA